CAACCUCUGAUAACAGGCGCCACAACAUGCGGGAGAGGAUGCCCACUACCAACGAGAAAGGGAGCCUGUCCAUGGAAUCCACCAAGGAGACCCGGUACUGUGCUGUCUGCAACGACUAUGCUUCAGGCUACCAUUAUGGGGUCUGGUCUUGUGAGGGCUGCAAAGCUUUUUUCAAAAGGAGUAUUCAAGGGCACAAUGACUACAUGUGUCCUGCUACUAACCAGUGCACCAUUGACAAGAACAGAAGAAAGAGUUGCCAGGCUUGCCGACUAAGAAAAUGCUAUGAAGUGGGAAUGAUGAAAGGUGGAAUCCGGAAAGAUCGCAGAGGUGGGCGAAUGAUGAAACAAAAACGUCAAAAAGAGGAGCCAGAUUCCAAGAAUGGGGAGUCUUCUACAGAGCUGCGAGCUCCCACAGUUUGGACAAGUCCUCUGGUGGUUAAACAUAACAAGAAGAACAGUCCAGCUCUGUCCUUGACGGCAGAACAGAUGGUCCGUGCCUUGCUGGAAGCUGAGCCACCCAUAGUUUAUUCUGAAUAUGACCCAAAUAGACCAUUCAACGAAGCCUCCAUGAUGACCCUAUUGACCAGCCUUGCAGACAGAGAAUUAGUGCAUAUGAUCAACUGGGCAAAGAGAGUUCCAGGAUUUGUGGAUUUAACACUCCACGAUCAGGUCCAUCUACUGGAAUGUGCCUGGUUAGAGAUACUGAUGAUUGGCUUAGUCUGGCGCUCCAUGGAACAUCCAGGAAAGCUUUUAUUUGCUCCUAACCUAUUACUGGACAGUUCAUUGGCUUUUCUGGAAAGCUUUAUCGUUCAGAUAAAGAAUGAAGAAUUUUUUAAACUUCAGCUAGCACAA